UCAUCCGGGGCCUUUCACUCUCCUCCCAGUCCCCGCCCCUCGGCGGAGUAGUGGCCGUUGGAAGAUGGCGACCAUCGCCGAGUUGAAAGCAGUACUAAAGGACACGUUGGAAAAGAGAGGUGCACUGGGACAAAUAAAAGCAAGGAUCAGAGCUGAAGUUUUUAAUGCGUUGGAUGACCAAAGUGAACCACGGCCACCACUGUCUCAUGAAAAUUUUCUAAUCAAUGAACUAAUUCGUGAAUACUUGGAAUUCAAUAAAUAUAAAUACACUGCAUCUGUUCUAACAGCAGAAUCUGGCCAACCUGAAGUACCAUUGGAUAGACAGUUUCUUGUCCAUGAGCUGAAUAUAGUGGAAGAUCCAAAUAGAAAAUCAGUCCCUCUCUUGUAUGGAAUUAUAGCUCAUUUUUUACAUGGUAGUAAACGUGACAUCCAUGAUACAUUUUCAAAAGGAUCUUCACUGCAGUUUCCAAGACGGAAUCUCAGCAAACUACCUAAUGAAAGAAAUCAAAUGGAUUCAAUUCCAGAACCAGGGAGGAUGGCCGGCACUAGCAUUGAAGAUCCACUUGUUUUACAGGGUGUAAACAGAUGACAAUUCCGUUUUGUUGUCCAUUUUUCAUUUAAACAAUCAAGACUGGAUCCUGCAAACCCUUAUUCACAUGAAUAGUUCUUGCUUACAUAAGUUGUCCCUUUGACUUCGGUGGGACUGCUUGAAUGAGUAAAGGCUACUCAUAAAUCAGACUUUGUAGGAUUAGGCCCACAAUAAUUUAUUGCUGGAAAAGCAGAGUUGCUCAGGGCCUGUUCCUGCUAUGCAAGAAGGGGCCCAACAUGUUUUAAUUUACAAAAUAAGACUUUUCAGGAGUAUUUAUUCUAUUCCAGCACUCACUAUUUAACUCUGUCUUUAGUCUCAUUACUUUACACUACUUUUUCUGCACUUGUGAAAUCACUAUUACUGUACAUGUGAAUAAAAGCUAACUUCGUUUUCUGUUUUACUUGA